AUGGGAGCCGAAAGUCAGUACGGAUUAUGUGAUGACCAAACACCUUCAAAAGCACUUGCUGGAAUCUUUCUCGGAUUGCACACAAUUUUGGAAAUAGUUUCGUUUAUUGGACUUUCGUAUAAAUUAUGGAAAGUAAAAAGGUCAACCAGCAAUGAAGCCAAUUUUCUGACCAUUACCAGAAAUCCACUUCUCAUGAUUUUGGGCUCAUUGGUCGGAUAUAUCUAUAGCAUUAUCAUGAUGGUUAGAAUUUUAAUUGGACGAAAGAUUUUUCCAUGUUUCUUAUUCAUGUUUUGUUUUUAUAUGGCAGUUCCAGGAUUGGCAAGUACGAUCAUUGUCAGAUGUUUGAGAACUAUUACAUUAUCGAGGAUGAAUGAAUUGAAAAUCAAGAUUGGUAAUCGAGAAAUGAAAGAUUUGAAAAAUGUCGAGUUGAGUGUGAUGAGUUCUGUACAGAUUGAUGCAGUUUCGUCUAGUACGGAAACUUCUGAGAGUAAUGUUUCACAAACUAAUGUUUCAUUUUCGGUUGAAAGUAAUGCUACUGGAUCACAUUCUGGAACUUUGGAAAGUGGAAAUCAAAUGGUCAACCAGCAAGUUACUUUGGAAGAUUCUGUCAGUGUGAAUCAACCAGGAAUUACCAAAUGGGAGAAUUUUGAAAAGAAGGUCUUGAUGAAGGUUUACAAAUUCCUGAUCAGUACCAAAUUUGUAGUAUUGUGGUAUUCAAUGAUUGCCAUCGUUCACAUUGGAAUUUAUAUCAUUAUUGGCGCAGUUGACUAUGUGAAUUAUGAUAAGAAUAUUGCACUUUCGUAUGCUGAAAAAAAGUCCUCGUCCUUUGUUUACGAUACCAGAAUAUUCACAACCAAUGGAUGUGGUAUCAGUUUCAAUAGUGUUCUCAUUAUUAUUGCCUAUUUGGUGUUUUAUGGAAGUUUUGCAAUUGUGAUUAUUGGAUAUAGUUUUUUAAUUAAGAGAGAUAUUUGGAGAGUCAAGAUUGAGUUGUAUAUUAUUGUGAUUUGUUGGAUUUUAUUGAUUAUUCUGUAUGCUGUCUUUUCAGUUAUUGACAUUUUGAGUACCUUGGUUGAUUAUUAUUUUCCAACCUUUUUGUUUAUUUUGAUUGGCUGUAUGAUUGAUACAUUCAUGAGCGUGACAGUUCCUGUCUUUUUCUAUCAAAAGGCAACAAUAGAUAAUAGAUAUUCUCAAUCUUCUAGAACUAACAUACUUGUCAAGUGUCUAUUCAAUAAGAAGUGGAAUGAUGAAUUUUUACUCUUCUCUGAAAAGAGCUAUUGUCCAGAAAAUUUGAUGUGUUGGAAUGCCGUUGAGCAAUUUAAGAGAGCUCCUGAAAAACUGAGAAGAAAACUCAUUAAGGUCAUUAUGGAGACCUAUCUUAUCGAAGGUUCUCCACUCGAACUCAAUAUUCAACGAAAUAUGUUCAAUAAUUUUGAAGAUAUUUCAGCCAUCACUGAUUCUAUUAAGAGACAAGAGAAUGAAAUGAAAAGACUUGUCGCAGAGAAUAAUAUCGUGGUUGGAACGAUCAAAAAGAGAAGAUCUAUGAAAAUGAUUUCAAUUCAACCAAAUAUUUUGGAUAGAGUUCAGAAACAAUGUGAAGUGAACAUGGUUGACUGUUUUGAUAGAUUUUAUAUUCAGUAUUGGCAAGAUAUGUGUAAAGAUUUGGAAUCUGAUGAGAAUUAA